AUGAAUUCUCAAUUUUAUCAAAAAAUAUUCUUGCUUUAUUUUUCUUUAACAAAUGCAAUUUCAAUUAAUAAUACUGACGUGGAAAAUGAUUAUGAGCUAAAUACGUUAGAAAAUACAAACUACAAAACAAAAGCAUUAACUUCAGAUGGUAUACAAACUGAAUCGAUAAUUUCAAAUGAUUCUGUUGAUAGUUUUGACCAAAUACAACGUCCCAGCUUUUUGUUUUGGCACAAAUUGCUCUUGAUCUGUCUUAAAUAUUUUUUUAUUCCACUUAGUAAGUCUCUCAUGGCAUUCUCACUUUUGGGUUUGAUAGUAAGUAUAUUGGUAUCGAUACAACAAUCAAUUUUCUAUUUAAUAUUAAUGUCCGUUUUUAGUCUUCUUCAUUUAUAUUUGUCCGUAAAAUGUUCGGAAUUGGAACGAUUUAUAUAUCCUACAAGUUAA